AUGGACACGGAGGAUCUCUGCUAUCCACAGCUAGGCAACAUCUCCUGCAGGAAACCAAUGUCUGAUUGGUCUCAGAAUUAUUUACUCAUUUUCCUAUCAGUCAUAUGCAUCUUCACUGUGCUGCUCAACCUGCUUGUCAUCAUCUCAAUCUCCCAUUUCAGGCAGCUCUACACACCAACCAACCUCCUGCUCCUUUCCCUCGCCGUCUCUGACAUCCUGGUGGGCUUGGUCUCGAUGCCAAUUGUGAUGAUCAUGAGCACAUCCUGCUGGUUUGUUGGUCACGUUGCAUGUAGUCUGUUGAAUUACCUGGCUUACAUUUGUGAGUCUGCCUCAGUAGGAAGCAUGGUGCUAAUAUCAGCUGACCGUUUUGUGGCUAUUUGUGAUCCUCUGCAUUAUACUGUCAAAGUCACUGUGAAAAGAAUUCAACUUUGUAUUUCUCUCUGUUGGUCGGCUGCUAUUAUCCACUGUGGCAUUGUUCUGAAGGAAAAUCUGGCUCAACCCAAAAUGUAUUCCACUUGCGUUGGAGAAUGUGUUUACGGUUUUGAUGUUAUCGGAGGCAUUCUGGAUAUUAUCGUCAACUUCUUUAUUCCUCUCGUCAUUAUUGUCACGCUGUACACGAGAGUGUUUGCGGUUGCAGUGUCUCAGGCGAGAGCUAUGCGCUCUCACGUUAAAUGUGCUAGACGACAACAUUCUGCCCCUUACAGAGCGAAGAAAUCCGAGCUGAAGGCCGCCAAGACUCUGGGUGUUGUCGUCCUCGUCUUUCUGAUAUGUUUCUGCCCGUACAGCAUCGUCAGUGUUAUUACCCAUAAUAUGAACGUGGUGAAAUAUGUUACUUAUUUGUAUAAUUUCAACUCAUGUUUGAACCCGUUGAUAUACGCAGUGUUCUACCCCUGUUUUAGAAGAGCUUUUAAGCACAUUGUCACUUUGCGUAUACUGCGGCCUGGCUCUUGUGAGGCCAAUAUAGCUACAGUAAACUGA